GGUUGAACAGCGGUUGAUAGGUUAUGUGAAGCUCAUAAGAGUCAUGAGCUCUGUUUAUAUAGUUCGACAAAACUGAAAACAUAACGAAGAUUUUUAAGAAGAAAAGACUGGAAGAAAGUAUAAGUCGUUUUUAAUUUGAUUAAGAAAGUGGGUUAUUCGAUCAUUGGUAUUCUUCUCGUAGUUGCGAGUAGAAUGUCUAAAGAGGCAUCCUGCAUCAUCACCAGCCACCUCUACGCUGUAUAACCGCCAAAACCCGUUCCGGACAGGCUGAUAACGCGUGUUUUAUUCGAGGCAAAAAAAAAACCAAUGUUAUUAUAAUAUCCAAACACCGGAAGAGUCACGAAAAUCCUGAUAGCGAUAAACCAAUAAUUUAUAAUAAUAUAGAUAAGAACUUUUAUGACACUUGACUGCUUCUCUGCAUAAAACUUGAUAACUCUGCAAAACAUGGAAGCGAACGAACGAGAGGAUGAUUCUUUAACUUCCCUUCCCGAGGAUGCUGCUAGCGGUAACGUUGACGCAAGUAACGGUGAAGCGAUCCCCGAGUCAUCAGCGUGCGACGAGCAGAGCGCGGAAACGGAGGACGCAGUCUCCGAGUCUUCCCGGAGUGGCACCUGCAAGGAACCGGGAUUCAAGAGGCCGCUCCUCCUGAUCGGCCCUAAGCGGGGUAAGAUUGGAAAAAUUCGUACUGCGAGCGACGAUCCGGCAAUCCCGUCGUCCGAGGGACCCGUGAGCAAGGAAGCCGUCGAGCCUAUCGCCAAUCUGCAGAUUGACGCCGAGGAUAAGUGUCACAAGUCGAUAUCGGAAGGUCUCGCAGAGAAGGAUCUCUCGUUCGACGCGAGAAACGCUCCCGUGCCGUAUUUGGAGCCGAAGUGGGGCGGGAAACCAACCGGCGAGUACAAAUUGGAGGUACUGAAGUCGGGGAUGAUUAUAGAUAAAAUCGAUCUCGCCGAGAAGAGCUUUUACGUGGUGGGGAGAUUGCCCUCCUGCAGUUUAUCCCUCGCCCAUCCGACCAUCUCGAGGCACCACGCGGUUAUCCAGUACAGGGCAACGGGGGACGAGAUGAGCCCCGUUGGUUUUUAUUUGUACGAUCUGGAGAGCACGCACGGCACAUUCUGGAACGGGCAUCGUAUAAAACCGAGAACCUACGUUCGCUUGCACGGCGGUCAUAUGAUAAGAUUCGGCUGUAGUCAGAGAAAGUACAUUAUGCAAGCUCCGUUGGACGAUCAGGAAGAGGAAUCCGAGCUGUCGGUCACUCAACUCAAGGAAAAACGAUUGGAAGAAUUGCGGGAGCGAGAAAUGAGACAGCAAGAGGAAGAAGAAGCGGAGGAGCGAGCGAAGCAGGAAGCAGAGAACGAGGGUAUCGAUUGGGGAAUGGGAGAAGAUGCCGACGAGGAAACGGAUUUGACAGAGAAUCCUUACGCUUCUGUGGCAGAUGAAGAGUUGUAUUUAGACGACCCCAAGAAAACCCUGAGAGGCUGGUUCGAAAGAGAGGGAUAUGAUUUGCAGUAUCAAGUCGAAGAGAAAGGGAUAGGCCAAUUUUUAUGUUGGAUAAGUUUACCUAAAGAAUGCUUCGGCGGUCGUGCCAUGAAAGCGGAAGCCCUUGUCAAAGGAAAGAAGAAAGAAUCCGUUGUUCAAUGCGCUUUGGAAGCCUGCAGAAUCUUGGACAGACACGGAUUAUUGAGACAAGCUAAUCACGAGAGCCGAAAAAGGAAAGCAAGAAAUUGGGAGGAGGAAGAUUAUUACGAUUCGGACGAAGAUAACUUUUUGGAUAGAACGGGAACAGUAGAGAAGAAACGUGAACAGAGGAUGAAAUUAGCUGGAAAAAUUGAAGAAAAAAUUGAGACGUAUAGCUCAUUGACUGAGAAGCAUAGCGAGGUUACGGACAAAAUUUCACAUUUGAGCAAUCGCUUAAAAGAAGCACAAGAGAAUAAUGCAAAGGCGGAGUCCAAUGAGGAUUCGUUGGAUGCCUUCAUGUCUAGUUUAAACGCAUCUUCUUUAAGUAAAAGCGACAUAACGAAAAUGAAAGUGGAGUUGCAGAGCCUACGUAGGGAGGAAAUGAAUCUCGUCAAAUUAAUAAAUCUUACAAAACCGGCUAAUUUGCCGCCCCUUGUCAGUCAAGUGCAAGCAGAAGACAAGAUGGACGAUAUGCAGCAAAAAUCAAAACCUAUGAAAAAGGUUUCUCAGCUUGAAAGAAGACGAAAGCUUUUUGAGGCAAAUAACAAAGACGACUCUGAGAGAAACUCAUCUUCAUAUAGUAAUAAUACUAUGGAAGAGGAAGAAGAUGAUGACGAUGAAGGUGAUGAUGAUGAACAAAAAGAUGAAAAUAAAGAUGAUGUAAAAACAAAAGGAAAAGAGGGAUUUGGACUUAUGUAUGUACAUAAGUCCGAAUGCAAAAUAUCUACACCAUGUGAGGAUGAGACGGAGUCAAACGACAGGAUGAAAACCGAUGACAAACCGUGUACAAUUAGAAGCGUCAAUCAGGAAACGAGGAAACAAGACGUUGCAGGCGGCAAAAAACGAAAAAAGGAAAGUAAAUCCGAGAAAUCGAAAAAUAUAAAGAAACAGUACGAUGAAGAUGUUCACUCGGCAGAUUAUUCUACGUGGUUACCGCCGCAAAACCAAUCCGGGGACGGAAGGACAAAUCUUAAUGAUAAAUAUGGAUAUUAAGUUAUGACUAUAGCGUUAUGUACGUUGAAAAAAAUGUAAAUAGUUUUCAUCAAGAAUUUGAUGUUAUAAUGUAUAUAAUAAUGAGAUAUUAGUACAUAUUA